UGGACAGUAGUUACUGAACGUUAGUCAGUUAGUCAUUGAAGAAACAGACAGAGGAAUUGAUUGACUGAUUGCCAGUUUGUCGGCGACCUGCAGUUCAUCGUUACCGGAUAAAAUUAUCGAUUUGUUAUUUGCAACGUUUAGACUUCGAACCAGACCCAUAUUUCGUUAUACUCGCAACAUGCGGUGGCUAUAUUCGUCUAUCAUUCUCUUCGCGAUCGCAGUGUUUCUUUCGUGUGACUGUGAUGCCGCCAACGAGACCACGUUUGUCAACACUACUAAAUCGAAACUCAAGAUACUAGGUGUCUUCGGUCAUCUUGGCAAGAGUCAUUUCGACGUGUUCAAGCCGCUUUUAGAAGAGCUGGCUCGCCGUGGCCACGAACUCACUGUACUCUCGCAUUUUCCCAGAAGUGAGAAUGCCAAGGCGAAGGAACCGUUGCCAACUUACAAGGAUAUCAGUUUAGUGGACACCGAGCUCGGUGUCUACGUGGACAUCGUAGAUCUCCAUCAAAUCCACCACAAUAUCUUCUCUAUUCUGCGGGAACUCUAUUUUCUAAGAUUCAUGGCUGAUGUCGCGUGUAGCACUGGUCUGCAGAAUCCGGCGAUCAAGGAACUUUUGCGAUCCGAUGAGAAGUUCGACGUGAUUAUCACGGAAAGCUUCAACACCGACUGCUUCCUGGGUUUCGUUCAUCGGUUCAAAGCGCCCUAUUUAGGCCUGUCGUCGAGUCAGAUUAUGCCAUGGAUCAACAAAGAUUUCGGCAACGAGGAUAAUCCUAGUUACAUUCCGUCGAUAUUCGUAGGUUUCACCAAGCCCAUGGAUUUCCCCAAGAGAAUAUGGAACAGAGUGACAUUGUCGAUAUUAAAGCUGGCUUACGAUUACUGGUAUCGACCUCGCGACCAGGUAUUCGCUAAUGAGGCCUUCGGGCCGGAUCUUCCUGAACUGAGCGAAAUUGCCCGGCAAUCACAGGCGUUGCUGGUGAACACGCAUAGUAGCCUUCACGGUAGCAAGCCUCAGCUGCCGAAUGUGGUGGAGAUCGGCGGGCUUCACAUCCCGUCUAAGAUCAAUCCGCUACCGAGCGAUAUAGCUAAGUUCCUCGACAGCGCGCACGAAGGAGUGCUCUACUUCAGUUUGGGUUCCAUGAUAAAAUCGACGACGAUGCCGCAGGAGAAGUUGGACGCGAUAUUGACUGUACUCGGCUCGAUACCGCGGAAGGUGAUCUGGAAAUGGGAGAGUGACGAGCUGCCGCGUAAAUUGGACAACGUUAUGGUCAAGAAAUGGCUGCCUCAGUUCGAAGUCAUGAAUCAUCCAAACGUCAAGUGUUAUCUGGGUCAUGGCGGGCUUCUUGGACUAUCAGAGAGUGUUUACUCGGGUCUGCCAAUGGUCCUAGUGCCGAUGUAUGGCGAUCAGUUUCAUAACGCGGCCGCUGUGAAAACCAGAGGUUCCGCAGAGGUACUCGCAUUCAAUAAUUUGAAUGAGGAAUCAUUAAGACACGCUCUCGACGAAGUGUUCAACAAUACUCGUUACCGCGAGAACGCUCAGAAGCUUUCGAAAGCUUACCGUGAUCGACCUGCCACGCCGUUGGAGACGGCGGUAUGGUGGACGGAAUACAUCGCCCGGGGCAAUGGCAGCCCUUUUCUACGCAGUGAGGGCGCGGAUAUACCCUGGUACCAGCGUCAUCUCAUCGACGUCGCGCUCGUUUUGAUUAUCGUCUCCGCGGCGCUCAUCUACAUCAUCUUCCGGUUGAUCAAGCUGCUGCUGUCGUUGCUCCGCGCCGUCAAAGGAAUGCUCGGGGCCAGAGAGAAGAGCAAGUGGAAAAAGAUAGACUGAUGGGAAAGGCUGCAUCGCCACAGAGACGCAACGAAAAAGUGAUUUCGAGAAAAGAGAUGGCAAAGAACGAACACGGUUUUUCGCGCGAAAGUGUCACUCCAAUUAUGGGCAAGUUUUGAGCGAUGAAGGGAAAACCGAUGGACAAACAUAUUCAUCAUUAUUACGCAAAAUUCGCCUUUGUAUAAAAUUCAUAAGUUUACAUAAUUGUAAUUGUGUGUUAUAAUUUAUUUGUGAAUCACAAGAAUGUCUUUAGCACAAAUUAAGACAAUUCUCGGUAAUUAUAUAGUAAAUAUGUAUGAAAGCAAAUGAAAAGUGGAUCUAAUUACGCAAAUAUAAUGAAUAAAUUAACUCA